AUGGACCCAAAAGAGACCGAUAUGUCUCCCAACCCAGAAAAUUGCCCCCAGGACACAACGAGCAUCAACGAGCAAACUCCCGCCACAGCCUCGGCUUCAUCUCCCAAGCAAAAUAACAAUUAUCUCCAUCUCUCAUCCCAACCUUCACCCCAACCCUCCCUUCAACCCGAACCCCGAGCUCAGCCAUAUCCAUACCCAGAACCCCAAUCCGAACAAGGGCCCUUCAACAUCCGUCCAACCACACACUUCUGCCCGGUAACCCUCGUCCUAACCCCAGGCCCCUUCUGCUCCUCCUGCCGCUCGAGCUACCUCAGCCUAGACGAAGCACCCACCCCUCCCCCGGCCCCUCCCACCUCCCCAAGCCUAUCCCCCACACGAGCCACCUCCCAGCACUCAUUAGAUUCCUCGCAUCUCCACGCCACAGCCGACGACCUCGCGCGACGCAUAAUGCAAUUCACCGAAAUAAUCCGACGUCUAACGCGCGAGCGCGACGUCCUGCGGACCCAGGUCUCGCAUCUCGAGGGGCAGAUCCGGAUGAUACAAGAGUUUGGGCUGUACGCUCGCUGGGACACGGAUGAUGAUGAGGAUGAGGGGGAUGAAGACGACGACGAUGAUAGGAAGCCGUUGCUUGAUGGGGUGACUUGGGAACAUGUGGAUAGAGAGACGGAGCUGGAGGAAGGGUCGCUUGUGUCGAGCCAAUUGACCAACGAGUUGGACACUGAGGUUGUGAGAAUCGAUCCGGAGUGGUUCACUCUGUAA